GCCACCCGCCUGCCACGUCACCUCUCCUGCGCGGGUCGGAUGGGGAAGGCGGCGGCGCUGGGGGUCGAGCUGGGCGUGCGGCUCGCGCUCUCCCUGGCCUUCCUGGCCAUGGAGCUGCUGCCCCCCUUCGAACGGCGCAUCCAGCCCGAGGAGAUGUGGCUGUACCGCAACCCCUACGUGGAGGCCGAGCACGUCCCCGCCGCGGCGCUCUUCGUUAUUGCGUUUCUCUCCCCGCUCUCCCUCAUCCUCCUGGCCCAGUGUCUGCACAGGGCAGACUCCAGAGACUGCAAGCAAGCCUGCCUGGCUGGCAGCCUGGCCUUGACUCUGAACGGCGUCUUCACCAACACAAUAAAGCUGAUCGUGGGAAGGCCACGCCCAGACUUCUUCUACCGCUGCUUCCCUGAUGGGGAAGCCCAUUCCAACCUGUCAUGCACAGGAGACAAGAAUGUGGUGAAUGAGGGUCGGAAGAGCUUCCCCAGUGGACACGCUUCCUUUGCAUUUGCUGGCCUGGCCUUUGCUUCCUUAUACCUGGCAGGGAAGUUACACUGCUUCACACCACGAGGCCGUGGGAGAUCAUGGAGGUUCUGUGUGUCCCUGUCACCUCUGCUCUUGGCAGCUGUGAUCGCACUGUCCCGCACCUGUGACUACAAGCACCACUGGCAAGACGUGCUCGUUGGAUCCGUGAUUGGCCUGACUUUGGCCUAUGUCUGCUACAGGCAGUAUUACCCUCCUCUGACUGACGCGGAAUGCCAUAAGCCUUUUCAGGACGAACUUACACUCCCCACUACCCUGAAGAAGCCUGGAGAUCUUCAUUUUAGCACUGAAGCUAAACACUGGAGCACUCUCAGUGGAGAAUAAGUGAAUCUCAAAAUAGGAAUUCCAGGUCUUUUUGUUUUUUCACCUCUUCUAAGGCAAAAAUGAGGACAAAAGAACUAUCCUUUGCCUCUGCAUGAUUCCGUGGCUUUGCUGCUCCUCACAUAGAAGGACCAGGGGAAGGUUCUUCUCCACUCUGUGCCACAUAUUCUGGAAGAGAGACCUUGCAACAGUCUCACAACAGCUGUUGUCUGCUUUAUCAGACUGAUGUCCCAGGGGCCUGAGUAUAGGGGGUAGGGCACUUGCCUUGCAUAUGGCUGACCCAGGUUCAAUCCCUAGCAUCACAUAUGGUCCCCUGAGUUAAGCCAGGAUUAUUCUUGAUUAUAGAGCUAGAAAUUAGCCCUGAGCAUCGAAAGGUGUGCCCUCCCUCAAAAAAGAGAGAGAGAGAGACCAAUAGUAUAGUUAAAUUAAAUGCUAUUCUUGGGGCUUGUCAUAAAGAUACCUUGAUAUAAGCCCCACUUCAUCCUAGCUAGAGUUGAUUAUCAAAAUUGCAUUUCCAUUUCCUAUAGCUUAAAAUCUAGGGCAUGACCAAUUAAAUUAUCAAACCUCAAGUAGGGUCCUGUCCAAUUAUAGCUAAUUUACCACUGGUAUGUCUAGCCAGAUAUUGCUAUGGACAUAAAUAACAGUGAAUUACUAAUAAAACAUAUUAAAGAAGAAAACGGUUGGGAACCUGG